UCGCAUAAGCAGGGUGCAUUGCCUGCAGCACAUCAAUAGCCUCAUAUAAAACCCAGCUCUGUCCUCCUCCCAACUCCAGCAGCUUGACCAUCCUCCAAGAACUCCACAAGAACAUCACGAAUAUAAACAAAGCAAAGCAACCUCCCCACGUUUUCACCAUGUCAUCAACCUACAACUACCCAAAGACCUACAAAGCCGCCGUAAUCAAGGAGAAGGGCGCGCCAUUGCAGCUCCAGGACCUCCAGCUCAAGCGCCCCGGCCCCGGCGAGGUGCUCGUCAAGGUCCUGGCCUGCGGGGUAUGCCACACGGAUUCGUUUGAGCAGGAGGGCCACCUCCCCAACCCGUGGCCCAUCGUGCCGGGCCACGAGAUCGUCGGCGACGUCGUUGCGGUCGGCGAGGGCGUGACGCGCUUCAAGGGCGGGGAGCGGGUCGGCGGACCGUGGCAUGGAGGCCACGACGGCACGUGCCGGUCUUGCCAGCGCGGGCAGUUCCAGAUGUGCGACAACGAGAAGAUCAACGGGGUGAGCUUCGACGGCGGGUACGCCGAGUACACGACGCUGCGGUCCGAGGCGGUGGUGAGCGUGCCCGAGGACAUGGACCCGGCCGAGGCGGCGCCGCUGCUGUGCGCCGGCGUCACCGUGUUCAACGGCAUCCGCAAGAUGCGCGUCGAGCACGGCGCCCUCGUCGCCGUGCAGGGCCUGGGCGGGCUCGGGCACCUCGCCGUCCAGUACUGCCGCGCCAUGGGGUAUCGGACCGUCGCGGUGUCGAGUGGGGACGACAAGCGCGAGUUCGCGGGGAAGCUGGGCGCGAACGAGUUCGUCGAUAGUGGUAAGGAGGACGCGGCGCAGAGGCUGCAGGCGCUGGGUGGUGCGGAGCUGAUCGUCUCGACGGCCCCGAGCCCGAAGGCCAUCAGCAACAUUCAGUACGGCCUGGCGCCGGGGGGGAAGCUGUUGGUGCUGGCGCCAGUCGGGCCGGUUGAGUUUGAUACAGCCCUCUUGGUCUCCAAGGGGGCGUCGGUUCACGGAUGGCCGUCUGGGCACGCGCUGGAUGCGGAGGAUUGUAUCGAGUUCUCGAGGCUCAACGGGGUCAGGUGCUACAUCGAGAAGUAUCCCCUCAAGGACGCGGCGAAGGCCAUGGAGGCGAUGCUGGCAGGCAAGCUGAGGUUCCGAGGCGUUCUGACUAUGACUUGAGAAGGGCGGAGGCCUGACGAGAAUCAGUAGUUCGUCAUGCUGUGUUAGUAGAAAAAAUAAUAAAUAGGAAAUGCGUAUGGAAGAGAGCGUUGCUCGGUGUCGAGACAUGCCUGUCUGCUUGUAGUAGGAAACGGUUUACCACAGCCGCAUGUGGUAGCCGUAGAGUCGCUGGCCCCCCGUUAUGCCACAUGAAUAGCGGCUCACUUUAGCAUUUCGUUGGGCAAGCACUUUUCUCAGGGGUGGGAAUUUUGCAGAUUUAUACCGAUAGUGGUGCGGUGGGGAGCGGGCAGACCAAGGGAGAGGAGAGGACAAAACGUUGCGUAAAGGUGUCUAAUAUAAUUAUGGAUGGCUUCUGAAGAGGUGCCGUUGAAAUUUAUCGGCAUUUA